AUGGAUACUGGAAAAAUAAGAACUAGAAUAUCUUAUUCAUGUACAAAUUGUAGAAAGAGGAAGGUAAAAUGUAAUAGAAAAAAGCCUCAAUGUUCUGCUUGUCAAAGAAAUAGGAUUCCAGCUCAUUUAUGUGUAUAUGAGGCCUCGCCUCAUGUGUUACGAGCUGCUGCCGAAGCAGCAGCAGCAUUGUCAUUAGAGUCUGGAUCAACUUCAACUUUACCUGAUGCUAAAAAUAUAUACAAACUAGAGAGUCAUGAUGGUUUAUAUGCUGGCAGGACCGAGAAUAUCAAUUCCACUACCUAUAUUAAAGGUACUCUGUCGAUACUAUAUGAUUUACUGCAAUUCAUAUUAUAUAAACCACAUUUUGAUGUCCUGGCCUAUCUUGGUGCAACAUGUUGGAGAACUAUUAUACAAAAAUUAUUCCAACUGCAUCCUAUUGUAAUUGAAUCAUCUGAAAAGACUAGAGUAGAUAUAAAAUCAUGGAUGAAACAAUCUCGUGUGGAAGAGCCUCGUCCAACAAAAGAAUUAGAGAGUAUAUUACCUAUUUAUAAGGAUAUGUCUAAAUUAUUAAGUAAUUUCUUACAACAACAAGAUCAACUAAUUUUUAAAUGCUUUAGUUCUAAUGAUGUUUACAGAUAUUUUGACAAUACUUUUGAUAAACAUGGGAAAUUAAAGUCCAACCAUUCACAAAUAGAAUUAUGUAUAACCCUAGCAAUUAUAAUUAUAUCAUGUCAAUUAAGUGGUGAAUUUAAAAAUAAUCAAAUUGAGUUGAUUGGUAAUCUUAAAUUAAUAUUUUCGAAUUGUAGUUUUGGUUGUACAAUUCCUGAAUUGCAAGCAAUGAUUCUACUACAUGAAGUAAAAAAAUUUAAUUUUCAUGAAAGAUAUAAACAUAAAUUAUCAAUCCAAGAAAUUAAUUUGUUAUCUACAAUUUGUUCUAUGGCAACAUUAUUGGGUCUUAAUAGAAAUAUUGAUAAGAUCCACAAAGGUGAUUUGGCAUACAUUACUUCGUUAAAGAAUAUGUGGAAAUAUAUUCUAUUUGAAGAUACUAUCAAAAGUUUCCAAUCAGGUCAUCAAACUCUAAUUAAUGAUGAUUAUGUUGAGCAUAAAUUAUUGGACGAUGAUGUUUUUAAUUAUAAAGAAAGAAUUGAGGUUAUGAGAGGUGUUUGUAAAAGAGUCAAUCUGUAUAAUUUAUCGAAGCAGGUUGAUUUGGAUUACGAAAUUCAGAUUUCCAAAAACUUAGCCAGUAAAGAUUUGGAACCAAAUUAUAUAAGUUUGGCACUUGUUCAAUGCCUUGUGAACAUAAAAUAUUAUAAGUCGCCAACUGUUAGUAAUUUAAAUGAAUGUUUUGAUACUUCAUUUUCUUUGUAUAAAGUUGCCAAAUCAUUCCUUGAAAAGGGUAAGACUUCUGAUACCCUACAUGCUCGGGAAGCAUUAUUCCGAGCCUCGUAUGCAUUAUUAUAUAUCCUUUUGGGUCAAAUUGAAGAUAGAGUUAGUCUAUACAAAAAUGGAGAAGUUAUAGAUGUAGAAUGGUUUUUCCGUUUCUUUGAAGACGAUUAUCAACCUUUUCUUAACAAGAUGAGUAAAUAUUACUACACCACACGAUUUCCACUUAUUGCUAAUAUUAAUGCAUUAGAAAUUAUUAAAGAACAUAUCACUCGAUCAAAGAAGGAUGAUUUGGACAUUUAUCAUAAUGUACUUUUUAAUGAUGAUGAUGAUAAGAGACAAGCAUUAGAGUUCUUUUAA